GCCUCGGGCCGGGAAGGGCGGGCGGAAGGCGGAUUCUGCUCCCGGCCGGGCUCCGUGUUCGCCCGCUCGGGCGGCCGGGCCCCGGGGGGAAGGGCCGCCGCCGCGCGUCCGUGAGGCCUGGCGUGGCCGCGGGGCUUGGGAGUGGCUUGAGGGACCCCGGGACCGGCCGGGCGGGUCGCCGGCCUGCCGGCUUCGGGGCGGCAGCGCGCUCCUCCCUCGCUCCCUCCUCGAUUCUUGCCUGAGCCCUGAUCGCGCCCGGAAAACUUCUGGACUCCCAGGUAGGGAGGAGCCCCGGCUGCGCACUGCCAGCGGCCCUGCCACCGAACACUCGGCCCGUGUAGAAAAAGCGGCCGGCCCGGGGUUCUCCCCCCUGCCUUGGGGUGCAUCUCCUCAGACUCUCCAGCGCCUCAAGCAGAAACGGUGGGGAUCUGGGCCAGACCCUUCACGCAGUGACUCAGUGACUCAAAACGGCCAGCCGUACUGGAAGGACAGGGUGGAUGGCCCUUAGUCUCCUCUCCCUUCUGCACUUGUUCCCACCCGCCCGGCGCCUCAGCCCCGGGCGCCUUCGUCUUUUCCCGUGACUCCCUCCACUUUACUUCUCCUACUCCCUGUGGUUCUCGCGCCUCCCUCUGCGGCGGUGGGUCGCAAGGCUGGAUCAAGGCCUCCAGGGCCUGUCUGUCAGCCCAGGGCAGUCUUGCUGAGAUGUCACCCCGGUUGUGGUACUGCUGUGGCCCUGCUGCAGCUGCGUCGUCAGGCAGAUGGAGAACAGGCUAAUGGUAGAGCUCCACCAUCCAGAAAGGCGGCACAGGGCCAGGCCUCGCCCAUGGACCCUGCUCAGGACCACCUGCCAGCGCCAGCGGGGCCGCGCUCCUGAGCCACCGGGGGCCUGGGCUCCCUGUCCUUCCAGAGGAGCCAUGGUGUCUAGGAGGGGCAGGGGCAGCCCCCUGCGGUGGCCUGGCCCGGGAGGGGGCGGUAGUCACACAGGCCCCGCAGGCGUGCUCGGGGCUGCCCUGCUGCUCGCCAGCCUGCCGUGGGGGGCCCAGGGAACAGCCGGUGCCCACCCCAGCGCGGCUCUGGGCCGGGCCGUGCCUCUGGCCAGGGGCCGCUACUUGAGCAUUGGCGAUGGCUCCGUGAUGGAGUUCGAGUUCCCAGAGGAGAGCGAGGGCAUCAUCGUGAUCUCAAGCCAGUACCCGGGCCGGGGCAACGGCACGGGGCCCGGCCCCGCGCUCCAGGUCACCUCCCUGGACACAGAGGUGCUGGCCAUCAAGAAUGUGAGUGCCAUCACGUGGGGCGGGGGGGGGGGCUUUGUGGUGAGCAUCCACUCAGGCCUGCCUGGCCUGGCCCCCCUCUACAUCCAGCUCGUGGACCCCCACGAGGCCCCGCCCAAACUGAUCGAGGAGCGGAGAGAUUUCCGCAUCAAGGUCUCGCCCACCGAAGACCCCCCCGCCACCCUCGGCGCCGGCCUGGCUCACUUCUCGGAGAACCCCAUCCUCUACUUGCUCCUGCCUCUCAUCUUUGUCAACAAGUGCUCAUUCGGGUGCAAAGUGGAGCUCGAGGUUCUGAAGGGGCUGCUGCAGAGCCCCCAGCCCAUGCUGCUGGGCCUCCUGGGCCAGUUUCUGGUCAUGCCCUUCUACGCUUUUCUGAUGGCUAAGGUCUUCAUGCUGCCCAAGGCCCUGGCUCUGGGCCUCAUCCUCACCUGCUCGUCGCCCGGCGGCGGGGGGAGCUACCUCUUCAGCCUCCUCCUUGGAGGGGAUGUCACCCUGGCCAUCUCCAUGACUUUCAUCUCAACAGUGGCUGCCACCGGUUUCCUGCCGCUGUCCUCGGCCAUCUACAGCCGCCUGCUCAGCAUCCACGAGACACUCCACGUGCCCAUUUCCAAGAUCCUGGGGACCCUGCUGUUCAUCGCCAUCCCCAUAGCAGCAGGCGUGGUGAUCAAGUCCAAGCUGCCCAAGUUCUCACAGCUGCUGCUGCAGGUCAUCAAGCCCUUCAGCUUUGUGCUGCUCCUGGGCGGCCUCUUCCUGGCCUACCGCAUGGGGGUCUUCAUCCUGGCAGGCGUCCGGCUGCCCAUCGUGCUGGUGGGCCUCACGGUGCCCCUGGUGGGCCUCCUGGUGGGCUACUGCCUGGCCACGUGCCUGAAGCUCCCGGUGGCCCAGCGGCGGACAGUCAGCAUUGAGGUUGGGGUGCAGAACAGCCUGCUGGCCUUAGCCAUGCUGCAGCUGUCUCUCCGCCGCCUUCAAGCCGACUACGCCUCCCAGGCCCCCUUCAUCGUGGCCCUGAGUGGCACCUCCGAGAUGCUGGCCUUAGUCAUCGGCCACUUCAUCUAUAGCAGCGUGUGCACAGUUCCCUGAGGCCCCCGCGCCAGCUUUUGCCACCCCUAACCCCAGCCUCCGCCCACUGUCCCCACAGUUCUUGUGUACCAAAGGCCUUUAGUUCUCAUGCACUAUGCACUCAGAAGAAUCCAGGCUUAUUUUUUUUACUGGUUUUUUAUUCUCCAGCUUUCAGUGCCAAAGAGGCCAUGCUGAGUUAGGUAGGUGGGCACUGCCCAGAAAAUAUAUUUCAAUAAAAGAGAGGAGCAAG